AUGGGGGAGCCUUUUAAGCCGUUCCAAAAAACUUUACCAUUUCUCGUGUACUACACGUCACGGUACAGAGGAAUAUGCCACGGCAUUCUGGUGUCUCGAACGGUGGUGAUGACGGCUGCCGUCUGCGUCAUCAACACCAUAUCAUUGGUCCCAGACACGCGGCCUAUCAACGUCGUCACCGGCUCAAUGUACAGGCACCCCCGACGAGGCAUACGCGUGCAAAUCACCAAAAUAAUCAUACCUAAAAUGCCUCUAGACCUUGCGAAAAGAGCCCAUUUACUGCAAAAAUCUGUAGCCUUAAUGAUAAUGAAGAGAAAAGUGCCGGAUAUCCUAGCGGAAAAUCCCCUUCGCUCGUUGGAGAUCGACUGGAAAGGAGAAGAAACUCUUCGAUUGCAGGAAGAGUGCCUAAUGCCCGGGUGGCAUUUCUUCUACGCUGGAGACAGAAUUUAUCCAGUCCAUAAGUUCCUUCUGCAAAGGAACGCGCGAGUGCAGUUCCUGAACAUCGUCAAGAUGCACGAGUGGUGCGACGCCCUGGCCAUCAAGCUGCAAAAGUCUCUUUCCAACAUCGGUUUUUAUGGUUUGCUGGACAAGACCUCUAUGAUCUGCACUAAGGAUCCUGAUAAUUCAGCACAACCUUGCCAUGGCAUGUACGGGUCACCGUUGUUGUGUGCCGGGCGAGGGGUCGGCAUGUUGAUGGCUCCAGACGCGCAGUGGACCAACUGCACCGGAUUCAGCAACAUCAUUCACCUAUUUAAUUCUGAGUUCCUAUCUGCGUUCAUGCAAUGUGUUAGCAAGCUGUUUGUGGUGGAUACCCGAGUGGACUGGUCCGCCAUGAAGAAGGCGAUAUACGAUGAGCGAGAAGAGGUCUACGAUUAUAUUCCCUCAAUGUACGACAGGGUCGUAGAUGACCCCUUAAGCACCUCCGAAGAACUAUAG